AUGUCUCGUCGACGGGCUUCUCACAGUGAGCAACUGUCUUCAUUGUCGACUCUCAACGAGUCUCCGGCAUAUCCCUUUUCCAGCUCUCAACAACAACAACAACAGCAACAACACCAGCAACCACCCCGCCGGGGGCCCAUUGAGGGCCCCAAUGGCCGCCGGUUGAUCCGGAGAGUCACCUGGCGGUCGUCGACGUACAAGCUCAUGGCCUCGCUAUGGGUUCUGGGCGUCUUUUAUAUCGUCUGGUUGAUUCGCGACCUCUUCUAUCUUCCAUUCACCCCGUCCGAUGGGGUAUCAAGCCCGAAAGCAGACGAUUUUCUGGCUCACUUCAUGGGCCACCAGGAGUGUGGGAUCUCAUCUCUAUCCCUCUACAAUCAUCCAGAGGUGGGCGAUGAACAUGGGUUCUGCCGCACCCGAGCCUCAUUGCUCAGUGCCAUGAGCAAUGGUGGCCGUCAUGGCUUUGAUGCUGCAUAUACCUCACAGGGCUGUUCCUACAGGUGGUACACCACGGCGCAGAUCUGUGAGGUGCUGCAAAAGUUCGACGGUAUUGCCUUUGUGGGUGAUGAUACCAUGACCAAUGUGUAUGCAGGAUUCAAUCUUCUCCUGCGAGAGAACUUGGCAUCUGGCGCUCUGAAGGAAUGGGACAUGAGCCCUGAACAGCGCGAAAUUUGUCGUUGUGACUCGCAGUUCACCAGCAAGUCCUGCUGGCCCCAGCGGGUCACUGCUAGUGACCAAGUGCCUGCUCAGGAUGACACAGCCCUGACUCACAGUCCCUAUGUCUGCUCGACCUCUACCCCACAUGCAUACCUCUCGAUUAGCGGCUCUCCGACCUCGAAAAGCGUACACGAAAAAUUCCACCGGUUAACAAACCAGGGAGGUCACAAGAAGACCCUCCCCAUCAUCCAUAGCCUUUCCCUCGCAACUUCGUAUUCCCUAUCCACUGCCCAAACCAGCAUGGACGAAUGGCAAGCUUUGACCAAAAGCACUGGCCACAACGCCCCAUUCCUCUGGAUUGGCCCCACCGCACUCGGCCACCAAAAGAAGCCCGCGGGUAGCGAGGACCUUCCUGCUGUGUGGCAAUAUGCCAUCGAUACGGCUGAAGCUGCGCACGAAAGGGGAAUGGAUGUUCUUGGCAUGUAUAAUGCUACCUUGCAGGCGGAUAGCUUCGAUGGGACGCACUAUGGAGAGAAGGUAGCUUUGAUGCAGGCGAUGAUGGUGAUCAACUGGUUAGAUACUCUUUAG